AUGCUCAAACAAUGCAAACGUCACUCAAGCGAAUUGCUGCUGGUUAAACUUAUUUUAAUAUCGCUAUGCGUGAAGACGGUGACGCUAUGCGACAGCGAAGUGAGAGACGAGAGUGUGCUGGACAAGGAGUUAAAAAAUUACGUGGACCGGGUUUUAAAAGACGAGGGUUUCAGUGUCAUACCGGGUGUGGUGGUGGAAAGAAUAGACAACGCAGACGUAGCGAAUUCAACUAGAAACGGUACCGUUGAUAAUAAUUGCGAGACUGGUAGGAGUGUCGAAGAUUUCGAAAGUUACGUGGAAAGGAAGAUCGACCAGUACGUCCAUACACACGCACUUUCAUUGAAUUUCGAGCAGACUGCCAGAUUUCUUACGUCCAGUACCAUUGCUAAUGUGACCGUGUUUCUCGGUGCCCAGUUGAUUAAGUCCGUCCUCAUAGCGAUGUUCCUGCCUACGAUUUUGGGCAGCGUCGGCAAACUGGUCGGAAAAGGAUUGUCAACUUUCUCGGGAUUAUCAUCUGCGUCUGCCGGUUUUAACAAGCAACACCAGGAGGUGGAGGAUUUCGACUUCAACGAGGGCGACCCGUAUAGUAACGAUGCGGUCAAUGAUAUUCACGGAGAUGGGGACAGUUUAAAAUUGAACAGCGUCGAUAGCAGCACCAUCGCUACUAAUAGCAGGUUCGAUUUCGCACACAACCGGAUCUACACCGCACCCUCAAUCAACGACAAUUACUAUUUGAGACGUCCAAAUAAGAAAACCGACUACAAGGUGUUCCACAAAAUCCCCUCGUCGUCGUUACUGCUCACGAGUUACGAUCCAUUUUACAGUCCUCUGCUCUCUCGGUUGGAUGCGAUUUUCCAACAACUCGGACUGCCUAGCGAUAAACGGGCCGACACCGAACGUUGUAGGGAGAGACUAGUGUGCAUGAUGUACGCCAAUCCAGCCAAAUACGCCCCGUAUAGUAACUUGGUCUCUGCCCAACUCAGUAGGGAGUUAAACGAGCUGCGCAAACCCUCUUCCGACAACCCGGACAUAUUGAGGUUCUUUAGGUACAUGAAGGCAGCCAAAGAUGGACAAGAUGGCGAGCAAUGUCUGGCUCACGGCGGGUGUCCGUCUUUGAACGAGAAUCAACCUAGUCCCGCUUUGCUCACUACUUUUAAUGAAAUCAACAAACUCGUACAAGCUAGAAAACUAAGUGACUGAUUUAAAAUGGUAACUCAGAUGCAGCGCUGGUUUUAUUUGUUUUUUACAAGCAUCGCGAAAGCACUUUCCGUGUUUCAAGCUAUAGCGUUUGAUUUUUCGGUUCAUGGGUAAAAAUGGGCUGCUUUCAAGAUGAGACUUGCAGUCGUGGUGGUCUUCAGAUUUGGUAGCUCUUAUAUGGACAUUAGCUAAGGUUUUAUUUUCAGUUCAAGUCUUGAUAGAAAAUUUUCUCAUCGUUAUUACCCUUCUCUCAAAUUAAAUAUUUAAAAAUAAGUCACUUCGACCGAACCCAUUUAUUAAGUAGGAACGUUUGUUAAUUUUUAUUUAAAUUUUUAUUUAAAUUUUAAUAAAAUAUAAAUAUCAGCCAAAUUGUAGUUUAAGAAAAUCCUGCAAUAUAUUGGUCCUUGUUGUCUAAGCUCCUUCUCGCACACAUAUAAAAAAUAAAAUAACUGUAAAGUAAUUUUCCAAGUCACUGUGGGGAAAAAGAAUAAAAAUCACAAGCAACAGAAGCAAGCGGGCAUUGUAGUGGUAAAUAAAGCUAGCACAUUAGGAAUCUGUUAAGUUUUUCAUUGUAUGCUGUAUUAAUACGACUUUGUCGUAGAUCUAUGAACAAAUAUUGAAAUACCCUCGGAAAAGCCUUCACUUGAAAUGGAUCGUAAAUGUUUGGAAAUGGUGUAUUUUAUUUCUGCGUCCAAAGAAACACUCCUCUUUGAUUAAAAUUUAGGAAAUAAGCUUCUAAGUGUGUUUUCCUCUUUGAACAACGAUAUUAGAAUACAGUAUGUCACUACGAUCCAUUUUAAUUGGGGCUGCUAAUUUAUCUAUUUAUAUUUUAUUAUUUAUCUUUGUAUUUAUUGAUUUUUUAUUUUAGUUUCAAUUAGUUUUUACUAAA